AUGCCUUCAUACAAACUUUAUUAUUUCAAUGGACGUGGUCGUGCUGAAGUAGCACGGUUAAUCUUUGCUGCUGCUGGUGAAAAAUAUGAAGAUGUUCGUUAUGAACGAGAUCAAUGGCCAGCACACAAAGCCGAGAUGCCAUUAGGUCAAAUGCCUGUUCUUGAAGUUGAUGGUGUUAAAUUACCACAAUCUCUAUCUAUUGCUCGUUUUCUUGCCAAACAAUUUCAUUUAGCUGGUAAAGACAACUUUGAACAAGCACAAGUUGAUGCUGUUGUUGACACAAUAUAUGAUUGUUUAACAAAAUAUGUACCCAUUCGUUUUGAAACAGAUGAAGCUAAAAAAGAAGAAUUAACCAAGAAGUUCCUCGCUGAAGAAUUACCAAAACAUCUACAAAAUUUUGAGACUCUUGGUAAACUAUAUGGUAAAGGUGGUCACUUUUUUGUUGGUAAACAAUUAACAUGGGCAGACUUACUCUUCUUUGACGUUGGAGCAAUAAUUCUUCAAGUAGAUAGUAAUGCUUUUAACAAUCAUGCAUGGUUAAAAGACAAUCGUGCUGAAGUUGAAAAACAACCUAAAAUUGCAGAAUAUCUUAAGAAUCGACCCCAGACACAGUUUUAA